AUGUUAACAUAUGGUGGAAAAAAGUCCAAUUCGUCGACAAAGAGCAAAUAUUCUGCAUAUCCAGAAGUUGUUCUUUGGGAUACUUUCCAAGAGGAGGUUAAAAAUGUACGAAUUCAUAAAAAUGAUAUAACUGUACAAUAUGUAAUCAAACCAUCACGAUUACGUCCAGAAGUAACUAGUGAAGAAGAAGUUAUUUUUGCCAUUAUUGACAAUGUUUUUGAUCCAUUAUCUCAAUUUCUUGCAACACAAGAACAAUAUGGUUCGUUUAAAAUUGAUGGUUCAAAUGCACCUGGAAUUAUAGGAGAACCUGACUUUGUUUUUUAUCAUAAUAAAAUAGCAAAGCUUGUUGGUGAAGUCAAAAUAAUCUGGUCUUUUCCAGCACCAGAUAAUUUAGCUGCUGCUUAUUAUCGUGAGGGUAAUACUCUUAGACUUCCAGUACAACAAAUUUUUGGCUAUAUGAGAAUAAAUCAUUUAAAAUAUGGAAUAUUAACAAAUUAUGAAAAUUUCUAUUUUAUGAAACGUGAAAAUAAUUUAUUACAUAUUUCAACAGCAAUAAAAUCAUCUGAUGUUGAUAUAUCAGUUUAUCGUGCAUUAUAUUAUAUUGUGUACUUAUCAAUUGAAAAUUAUACAUGUAGUCCAAAUACAUCAAAAAAUGAUAAUAAAAAUUAUGAUUCCGAUGAUGAUGAAUUAGAAGAAGAUAGAGAAGAAGAGAAUGAUGAGGAUGAUGAUGAUGAUGAGGAUGAGGAUGAUAAUAUAGAUUAUCCAAAACGACAGAAAAAACAACAACAAUCAUUAAAUAGAAAAAAACAGAAAUCAUCAAGAUCAAAGAAAUUAAAAUUAACCAAUGAAGUUGUAGGUUAUGGUCGUAAUGGUCAUGUAUACAAAUCAUUUUAUGAUAAUAAAGUAUGUGUAACAAAAAUUUGCGACAUAAUAAAAAAUAAAGAAAUGAUAACACGAUUAAAAUAUGAAAAUCAAUUAUACGUACAUUUAAAAUCAUUACAAGGUAUUAUUAUUCCGAAUCGAAUUACAUCUGGAUAUUUAAAAAAUUUAAACUGGUUUUAUAUUGUAUGUUAUGAAUUUAGUGGAAAACCAAAAACGUUCGACGAGUACACAUAUGAUGAAAAACAAAUGACAUUACAUGCACUACGUCAAUUACAUUUAAAUAAUGUUUUACAUAAUGAUUUACGCUGGGAAAAUUUUCUUGUCAAUUAUGAUGAUAAUAAUGAUAAACAUAAUCGUAUUAUGCUAUGCGAUCUUGAAACUGCGGUGAUUCUUAAUGAAAAUGAUAUGAAAAAAAAGAACUUAUUUCGAAAAGAAGAAAAUAAAUUAAAAAAAUUAUCAUGGACUGAAGAAACACUUGAUGUUACUAUUCGAUGGUUACUUCGACAAUGUGGAAGAAUUGAAAGAGAAUCACGACGAAUAUGUAUUGAACUUGUUUGUACAUUUAUUCCACUUUUACCUGGUAUUCGAUCAAUACGAGAAUAUUUUGAAUUAAUAAUAAAAUCCGAAGGAAAUAUUUAUUUUAUUGAAAGUUUUGAAGGUACCAUUAGUAAAGAAAAAAAAACAAGUUUUAAAGCAAAUUUAGCAAAUCAACCAUGUUUAACUGAUAUAAAUGAACAAUUUUCUCUUCCAAUUGCCUAUCAAUGGCUUGAUACAGUUAUUGCUUCAUUAGAUUGUUAUACAUGGGUAUUUUCACAAGGUUUUCUCAAUCCUCUUCUAUUCCAAGAUAACAAUCAACAAAGUCAUUUAAUUACAUCAUUAUCAUAUUUUAUUUCAAAAAUAUCAAGGAAUACAUUACAUGAUAUUGCUAGUUAUUUUCCAAUUUCAAAUCAAUCAUAUGUAUUUACUCCAAAUGAUGUUCGUCAAUUGGAUAUUGCAAAAUGUACAGUAAUUGUUCGUCUACUUAAUUUUAUUACAGCAAUUUGGUCAAAAUAUCCAUUUGAUAUAAGACGUGCAACUGAUAAUUCAUUUUAUAGUAAUGAUUUAACAAAAUUAAUUUUAACUUGCGUAUUUACAGCGGGGGCCAAUUGA